UAAAACCCAUACCAAACGCUCGGAAUAGUAUCACAAUCAGUCCAAGCGUUCGAUCGAACAGAUCUCCAGCAAGAGUAAUUCAGUGUUCAGUAGCACCAAACCAAACACCACCCAACUCAAUCAUCAUGAAGGUCGCCGUUGUUGCCGUUGUUCUCGCCCUUGCCGUCGUCUCGGAGGCUGGAGUGCUUCCGUGGGGCUGGCCAUACGCUGGACUUCCGGCCGCUUACCCAGUUGCUGCGUGGCCACCGGCAGCCAUCCAUGCCGCCUACCCAGCGUACGCUCACCAUGGCGCUUAUCUGGCCGCCCCGCACGCUGCCAUCCUGGCCGCUCCUCAUGCCCCAGCUGCCUCGGUCGCUCACCAUGCCGGUGUUGUCCCUGGAGCCACCUCGGUCACUGCCACCCGUGGUGCUGUGCAUGUCGCGCCCCUGCCUGGACAUGCCGUCUCCCAGCAGCAGCUGAACCUGGCCCCGGCCCCGGGAACCAUCUAAGUCCGAGUACACCCAGACCGCACCCAAACAUUCAACUGGAACUCAUCAUCCCACACCGUGUGCAAAUCCGCUGAACAAGUGAUAACAUACUCAUUAGCUGUUAAGUAGUUCGUUCGUUUGCGAUCUGUUUUCGUUUCCACUGCAUUCACGCAAAGUGCUUGAAUAAAGGCAAUAAUGCAAAGCAUUUUAUAAAAAAUAA